AUGGCUGCACACGACCCCCGUUUGCUUUACAGCGUCAACAAUAUUCGCGCUUUCCACUUACAAGAUGGCGAAGAGCAGGAUCUCACGCCGUCGGGCCCUCAGACCCUCUCUUUGCUGAUGGUGCCAACCAGCACCACAGGCGGGGCAGGUACAGAGUCGCCAGAAGAGGACUUCUACCUUCACCUAUAUCUCCCACCUGAGCUGGAUCUCGCAUUGCCGGCGACUACCCAGAUCUUCCACCAGCCUCCCGAUAGUUAUCUCAUCCCCCGAUGGGACAUGGGACCCGACGCUGGUGCCUUUAUUCGCAUCCAAUUCCCCAGCAUCGGUUCUGGACCCAGUAAUGUGACACAGGAUGAUAUCGAUACAUUUGAAACCAUUCUUGCGCAGUGCACCGCAUUCCUCGAACGAGCCCCUCCUCCCAAGUCGCAGGACUUUGCUGCUUAUAACCCCGCAGACUACGCCCCCGGCCAAGGAUAUGUUGGAUCGGACUCGAAGAAUGCAGAUGCGCACGGAAGGAUCGUGCUGAUUGACGAGGAAGACGGUAGCGUUGUCGGAGAAUUGGGAGAUGGUUAUAACGUGGUGGAAGAUUCGGAUGUCAAGCCUGGUUCCAAGAGACCUGUGGGAAUUGAACUCCCCGCCGAAGGUGAAGGCAACCAAGUCAGUGUCAGCAAUGUCUCUGAAGAAUACCUGGCAAUGGCCCGACACCCCGCAUACAAGAGCUCGACCAUCGUCCAAACAUCUGCGACAGCAUCGCGCUUGAUCGUCACUGGAUCAUCGUAUCUGGCAGGUGCCAUCGCCAGCGGUGCGCAGAGCUUCCAACAGAAGACCAAGCCUAACCCCAAGCCUCUGACCUUCUCCGACUCCACCCACGCUCGCAUCCGCAAGGUCGGCACCUUCUCCCACGGCGCUGCCGAUUUUUCGGCUCGCACUGUGGGACAGGUUGGCAAAGUUGCGCAAAAUCUGGGCGCGUCUUUGGCGCGUAAACAAGAGUCAGGCCGGCGCAAAGGCGUCGACAAGAGCAAUCCACCACCAGAUUACAAGCCCGGUGUGAUGAACAAAUCCAUGAUCGCAUUCUCCACCAUUGCCGAUGGCAUUGAGCAGAGUGCCCGAAACAUGCUCUUCUCCGGCGCUUCAGCCGCUAGCUCCAUGAUUGACCACCGCUACGGGUCCGAGGCUGGCAACGUCGCGACCAAUCUGACGGGCGGAAUCAAGAAUGUCGGGUUGGUGUAUAUUGACGCCACGGGUGUCAGUCGGCGCGCGCUUCUGAAAUCGGUUGCCAAGGGUAUGGUUGUGGGUAAAAUGCGCGACGGUCAGCAAGUUGUCGUUGGUGGAGGUGAUGGUGGCCAAGUUACUGCUGGAGUGGACGCGGGUCCGUCUAGCUUGGGUGCUCGGGACUCAGUUCGCCGUCCGUCGCCGGGCCCCACACCGCCUCCAGCCUAUGGCGCAUCGGGGACGAUGUCGCUAGAUGGAGCGCCCAUGUCAGGGGGUAAGCGGUAA